AUGUUGGAUGCUAAUAAAAUAUUUUCUGCAAUAGAUGACAAUAAGGCAAUUUGCCCCUGCAGUGCCCAAUGGAUAAUGGUACCUCUCUGCUAUGCCGCUUAUCUACCUGAGAGCCCCGAUAAUGAUGUUCAAGCCCAUGCCAAAAUAUUUUUUAGUUAUUUUCCUGAUCAAUGCAUAGAUGAGCCAUUUAAUCGUUGUUAUCGCAACUAUUCCGACUCCAACCCGCCACCAGUUCAUGAUAGGAAGAAACUAAUGUACUGGCUCCAAAUCGCGGAAAAUGAGUGCAGACGUAAGGCAGGGGUACCUGAAAGGGUAUUCAGCUUUAAGAGAUUGAUGAGGAGAUGGAGAUAUCCGGAUGGGUAUAUAUGA